CGAUCACCCACGGGGUCUUGCCGGCGCUUGACCGCUUGAGCAUGGCAGACUCGAAGCCAGCUUCCAUCAGCCCCGGCGUCAGUGUGACAACGGACACGGUGCAGGAAGACUCAACGGCAGAGCGGCCUCUCUCGGAUCCGUCAAACACUCGCGGCAAUCUCGGCAAUUCAGAGGUUGCGCCGACCCUUGAGGACGAUGCUAGAGAGCGCGAGCGAGUCUAUCGCUUGCCAGGGACGGGCUCAUCGCUCUUCUUCCCCCGCGGUGCUCAACCGGAAAUCAUACGAGCGAACCAGAAGGAUCUCUACUACCUCGCCGAACUGAAGGAGCAAGUUGACAAUGUCGUGCGCACCGUCAUGGGCACGCGAUGGCUCCAGAGCUUUGCCGGCGAGGUCACCGUCGCUUCCAAGCUGUCAUACUUUUCACUCACGACCUUGCUCGGGAGCCAAACGCUCGGCGAGGAGUACUGCGACAUAAUGCAGUAUGGCGCAGACGACCACCGUUUCCCGAGCACGAGGCGGCGGGCUACCCUCGUCAUGUUGCACGUCCUCGCGCCCUAUCUCGUCGCGAAGCUCUACACCAGUCUACGCAGACAGCUCAACGCGACGCGCGAAGCCUUGGCACAACGUGCAGCAUCAGACGGCGCUCGCACGCAAGAGCAAACGGCCACACUCUUUGCAUCUACUUCGAGACCCCAGAAUGUACCCGUCCGAACGAGGUGGCCAUCCUGGCUGCUCAAGAACGAGCUACCGACUUUUGAGGACUUGACAGGCAAGCACAUCCGGGCGGUCCAUCUAACAUUCUUCUACCUCUUCGGCCGCUACUAUCAUCUCGCGAAGCGAUUGACCCGAGUUCGCUAUCUGUCGACCCAAUCAAGGCAGCCACUAUCCGGCGGCUCACCACCGUCAUACGAGGUACUAGGCGUCCUCAUGGCACUGCAGAUCAGCAUCCGGCUCGGCAUGAUGACUUUGCGCAGAAUGAGAGCGCCGGCCGAAAGCGAGACGCAGGCAGCGCUCCAGGCAGCAACAAAGGAGAAGGCAUUGGAAGCCAGAAAAGCGAAGCGCGAACCAUCCACAGUGGACGGCAGGCCGGCUAGCAUCAUGACCUUUGAUCCAGACGCAGACAACCAAGCAGAGAAAGCAGAGGAAGCUCAGACGGAGGAGGACGCAGAUGCCGAGCCGGAGGACAGUCACGCCCGAAGAUGUACACUCUGUCUUGGUCCUCGCAGAGAUCCAGCGAGCACAGAAUGUGGUCAUACGUUCUGCUGGGAAUGUAUCGUCGGCUGGGCGCGGGAGAAGCCCGAGUGCCCGCUUUGCCGUCAAUCAGUCACGCUCUCACGUUUGCUACCUGUAUAUAAUCUGUAGCUUACAUGUACACCACCAACAGAACGCUUGUCGUGAUCAGAGUUUUGACUUGGCCUGUUGCGCAAGCGAUUGACGGAUGGAUGUCAGGUGGGAGACUGC